AUGAACCUCGAAGCGGAUUACACAGCGACGGGGAGCAGCGGGAACGGAAAACUACGUCAAUGGCUCAUAGAUCAGGUGGACAGUGGGACGUAUCCCGGUCUGAUUUGGGAGAACGACGAGAAGAGCAUCUUCAGGAUACCAUGGAAACACGCGGGGAAGCAGGACUAUAACAGAGAUGAAGACGCCGCGCUUUUCAAGGCUUGGGCACUGUUUAAGGGCAAGUUUCGGGAGGGUAUCGACAAAGCGGACCCGCCGACCUGGAAGACGCGCUUACGUUGCGCGCUGAAUAAAAGUAAUGAUUUCGAAGAGCUGGUCGACCGAAGCCAACUGGACAUCUCGGACCCUUACAAAGUGUACCGUAUCAUCCCAGAGGGCGACAAGAGAAGACCCAGACAGGAGGACAGUCCUUUGAGUCCAUUGAGCUAUCCAUCCUACCCUGCCCUUCACAGCCAGAUACCCCACUGCAUGCCUAAUCCAGAGAGUGGCUGGAGAGAAUUCUACCCGGAGCAGGCCUUCCUUCCAGAGCUCCACAUCCCACAAUGUUCCUACCCCCCUCACCCAUGGCAGGGCCCCCCCAUAGAGAACGCAGCAUACCAGAUCAAGGGCUCCUUUUACUCGUACACACAUGCUGACGUACAGCCCUCCGCCUUCACCCUUGACCCCGGCAUGAGACCAGCAGACCCUCUUUCUGACCUUCGCCUGCAUGUGUCCGUGUUCUCCCGGGACGCUCUCGUGAGGGAGGUGACCAUCUCCAACCCAAAGGGCUGUCAUCUGAUCCCCUGGGCCCUGGAGGAAAAGGCCUACGUUUCCCCAGGGGCCCCGGACCUGGUUCCCCUGCCCCCGGAGGGCCUGACACUCCAGAGGAUGGCGGGGGAGGAGGGUCCCCCAGGCUCUCUGGCCAUGCAGGGCGUGAGGCUGUGGAUGACCCCAGAAGGCCUCUACGCCCGGCGGCAGUGCCAGGAGAGUGUGUACUGGCAGGAGGGGGUAUCCCCUUACAAGGACAAACUCAACGAGAUGGAGAGAGAGGUCAACUGCAAAGUGCUUGACACCCAGGACUUCCUCACAGAAAUCCAAAGUUAUGGGCCCCAUGGCCGGCCCAUACCUCCUUUCCAGGCCUUGCUGUGUUUUGGGGACGAGUGUGUCGACACGGAGAGACCAAGAAGGAGCCUCACCGUGCAGGUGGAACCCUUGUUUGCAAGGCAGCUGUUUUACUAUGCCCAGCAAACCGGCGGACACUAUUAUCGUGGCUACGAGCACCACGGUGUCCCAGAACACAUAAGCCCCUCUGAGGACUAUCAGCGGGCAAUCUCACACCACCAUCACCACCACGGCAGUAUGAUGCAGGAGUGAUCACGACCGAUGUUGGAUACUUGGAUGGAUAAAGGAGCAGACACGUUUGGAUGUCACUAACAUGAAAUCCCGAUUGGUUGAGCUGCAAAAUCGGUGAAACUGUUGGUAACAGCGAAAUCAACAAACAUGGACCAAACAUCUUGGACUAAAAACAGUUAUGUUAAAUAUGUAUUAUGUGCUAUUGUUUUUUUUCUCAAUGUGUAUGAGACGUGAUUUCAGGGUUGUAUAGAGACAGAUGUUAUCUGGGCUGCACUGACUGGGAGUUAUGAAUGAAAAUAGGCUCCGCCAGAACAAGACAGAAUCUGAGGAACUGUCUGAGGCAGACUUUGUACAACCACUUCACUAUCAGUGUGACCACAGGUACCUUCUUUAAGGUUGAAUUAUUAACAGUAUAAAUAAUGAUGUAUUUAAGAAGAUUGUAUACAUAUGGAAAACACUUAGACAAAUUUAGACCAAAAUUCAAAGUUUCUUUGAAACUUGGUCUGCCAAUAUUGGGAUGCUUUGGGAUGAAAGAAAACAUCUGAACAUGCAUAAAAAACACUCAUACAUACGUAGGUAGGCAUUCAGGAAGUGUGAUUCGGCUGGUUAGUCAAACAGAUAUUAUAACCAACUUGAUGACAUCAACACGGGAGGAAGAGGAAGAGGUUGGCCUCUCUUUCCGUUGUAUGCCGAAGAGUGCCUUCUUCUAACGCUGUAGAUAAUAUUUCCACUUCCACGGAAAAAGAAGAAAAAAAAGUUUUAAAAACUAAAGACUUUUCCGCUGUACAAUUUGUCUGAAAGGAUAAACAAGGGUGGAACUAGAUUAAGUUCCACUAAAGUACUACCCGUUAUCUUCACUGCAGAUCUACCAGCUCACAUUUGUAUAGGUACACACCUCUGCAUCUAAAAAAUAGAAUCCAAGUGUAAUUGGAUUCUAUUUUAUUAAAGGGUCAGAUGUCUGGUUGGUAUUGGGAGAUAUAUUUAUAUAUUUUAUAUGUAUCUGGUAGCAAGUUGCAAAAACAAGUGUUUUGUACAGUAACAAAAAUGUAUCAAUCACUGUGUUGUCAAGUUUGGCUUGCGAUGAUCUCUUCCAUUAAAUCUAUUACAUUUUAUAUUUUUCCACAUGCAGUGAAAUCUUAUUCCACACUUAAAAUCAACUGAGUCUGGGCAAAUAACUAGACUUGUAAUUUUUUCCAGAAUUGGAACAUCUAAAAAAAAUAAAUAAUACUUUGACGCAAAAGUC